AUGAAGGCCUCCGUUAUCGCCCUCCUCCUCUCCGGCCUGGUUGCCGCCCAGGACUUCACCGGUCAGCCUGACUGCGCUAUUGACUGCCUCAAGGAAGCCAUCCCCAAGGCCGGCUGUGCCCUCACAGACACCGCCUGCCAGUGUCAGGUCGACACCCAGGCCAAGCUCGUCGGCCUCGCUGCCCCCUGCCUCAUCAGCAAGUGCAGCCCCAGCGACCUCGCAAAGGCUCAAUCUGCUGCUGCCGCUGCCUGCAAGAAGGACAACAGCGGCUCUUCUUCUUCCUCUUCAACUGAAGCCUCUUCUCACACUUCCGCCUCUGAGUCCUCAAGCGAGACCACUACCGCUGGCUCUACCACCGAGUCCACCACCGAGGCUGGCAGCACCACCGAUGCCGGCAGCACCACCACUGGCCCUGCUUCCACCGCUGCCACCGAGACCACCGCUUCAGAGACCUCUGGUUCUUCUUCGUCUCAUGCCACUUCGGCCGGCCACACCAGCCCGACCUCUCCUCCCGGCGGCGUCUCCAACAGCACCACCUCCGGUGUUCGCUCUGUCGUCACCCGCACCUCUACUGCCUUUGUUGACGGCGGCUCCGGUGGCUCCCAGACUUCUGGCGCUCCUGCCUCCACCACCCUCGCCGGCAGCGAUGCUUCUGCCCCUGCGGCUGGCAUCCUCGGUGCCGUCCUGGCCGCUUUGAUGGCUCUGUAA